AUGGACGGAGAACCGUUCAUAGCAGACGUCAGGGUGAACGGCACAGACUUCGUGCCAUCUCUUGUCGACUAUGGCUGCCUCUGCUACGGCGCGGUUAGCAAGCGCACAUUUCACUCUCUCCAGUUGCCACAUAUACGCGUUCAGCCGCGUAUCUUGGAGAACGCAGCCGGAGACGGCAAGGAGGUCAAAAUCGACAAGAUCACGUAUGUGUCGAUCGACCUCGAUGGACAUCAGCAGCAUCGUGUCUUCAUGUACGUCAUCGACGAUCUGAACUGGGAUAUGAUCCUGGGUAAACGAUGGAUGGAAGACCAGGAUGUUCACAUCCAUGCGAAGGAAGGAUAUCUCGAGAUCGGGUCCAAUGGAGUUCAAUACCACAAGUGGUCUCGAGCUUUCUCUCAGCAACUGGCCGACCAGCUGCCCCCUCAUCGGCCAGCCCUACCCUGGGGACCGCUUUACAGCAUGUCCCGCGAGGAGCUAUUGGUACUACGGAAGACUCUCACAGAACUACUCGACAAGGGAUUUAUUAGAGUCAGCAGCUCGCCAGCCGCGGCACCAGUCCUUAUGAGGGACCGCUAUCCCUUGCCCUUACUGAGCGAGACCUUGCGAACGAUAGCCAAGGCAAGGUGGUUCACCAAGACAACUUUCAGAACGCGCUAUGGAUCCUUCGAAUGGCUGGUAGUUCCAUUCGGCCUGACAGGCGCACCAGCAGCCUUUCAGCGGUACAUUAACAGCGCGCUCCAGGAUUACCUAGACGAUUUUGUGUCAGCAUAUAUCGACGAUGUCCUGAUCUUCUCCUCUGGAAGCCUGCAAGACCACCGCGACAAGGUCGGCAAGGUCCUCCAACGACUGAUGGACGCCGGGCUGCAACUGGAUAUCAACAAGACGGAGCCGCUAACGCGGCUAACGAAGAAGGACGUGCCAUUCCGUUGGGAUGAAUUGUGCGAAGAAGCCUUCGAGAAGCUCAAGGACCUGUUGAUCACGGCCCCGAUCCUUGCACACUUCCAUCCAGAAAGGGAGACUAUCGUGGAAGCAGACGCUUCAGGGUUCGCGUCGGGAGGCAAACAUUCGGCAGCCGAAGCGAACUACGCUAUCCAUGACAAGGAGCUACUCGCCAUUCUCAGAUGUUUGGAGCAGUGGGAACCAGAGCUACGGGCAGUAGAGCACUUCAAGAUCCUAACGGACCACAAGAACCUGAGGUACUUCUACUCGGAAAGGAGGUUGACAGAGAGACAAGUGCGGUGGUCGGAGUUCCUGUCCAGGUUCCAAUUCGAGCUCGAAUGGAGGCCGGGCCGCAAGGGCGGAUUGCCUGACGCACUCUCUCGACGGGACCAGGAUAUGCCGGCCAACUACUCCGAUGAACGACUAAAGGGACGCAUUAUGAGGCUAUUCCAAAAUGAUCACCUUAGAAGGGUCCCAAUAUCGACAUUGUCUACCAACAACGAGGGUGCCCAGGAAAUCAACUUCGGAAAAGAGAUCAGGAUAUUUGAAGAUGAGGAGUUACAGCAGCUGUGGCACGCCGCACGGCAAGAAGACAAGCUUUAUCAAGAACUCACGAAGCUGGUAGCAGAUGGAGCGAAGACGAUGUACGUCGGGAUACAAAGAAAGGACUCCUAA